AUGGAAGCCCACCCGCCAUCCUACGAAACGGCGACGCGCAUCGACCCCUGGCACAUCAUCGCGCGCUACAUCCCCUCCAACGACCUGUGCUCCGCCGCGCUGGUCUGCAGCACGUGGCACUCCACCUUCACGCCGCACCUGUGGGGCAAUCCCGCCUCGCACUUUGGCAUCGAGAACGACCAUGUCUACGUCGCUCUGACCAAGUUCAAACGCACGCUUCAAACCGCACGACUCCUCGUGCGAUCGCAAACUCACACCCUUCAUCUGCCUCCGGCUCAUGCUGAACUCUAUAAUGGCCCCCAUGCCACCUGGCUUCGCGAUAUCCUCGAUCGCUUGCCCAGCUUGCAGUCGUUGAUCGUCAGAGGCUUGCCAUUCUUCGACUACUCUGCCCUUCAAGCGCUGAAGUACAAGCGUCCAAGUGUGAAUCUGGAAGACGGCCUACCAAGUGGUGCAAUAGAGCUACUUGGGUCCGCGGGCUUCGCGUAUCAGCGACCCGCCGACUUCAUCCCUUCCUUCGGCUUACGUCUGUUGGAUGCCUCGAGAUGCUCCAACGUCACUGCCAGCAGCCUCGCUCAGGCUCUCGGCCGUUUCGAAGGCCUGCUCUAUCUCGACCUCUCCUUCACGUAUCCUGCACGAGACCCCGUUGUUCUGAAGAGUCUCCGCCGCUUUCAGAACUUACAGGUGGUCAAGCUGCGGGGCAUCAGCCUCAAUGAUGAAGCCUUGGAGGUGCUAGCCAUGGCAAUAGGCUGCAAAGUUCGGAGUCUAGACAUACGGAACAAUAUAAUCACUGACAAGGGCGCACGGAAACUGCUCGAUCAUUGCUUCGUGCUGGACACGCAGAACACCGCUCUCGGCUCGCAUGCGACGAGAAGACGCUCGCAGACCCUCCUGCCGUACUUGGGCCACGAGAUGCUGGAAAUCUACCAGGGCGAAGACUUUGAGAGCUUUAUUCGAAACGCGUUCACCGGCCGCUUUAUUGAUCGGCUGGCGAUUGAAGAUCUACCAGAAGGAGGCAUCACUCAUCUCUAUGUGUCUGGUAAUCCAAUCUCUAUCGAAGGUGUUUCCGAUCUUGUGCGCACCGGCCGCUUGCAUGUCUUGGAUGUGCAGUCGACUGUGUCUCGAGUCAAAGCUCCUCAGCGCACUUUAUCCAACGGUGAUCAAAGUCCAGUCUCGCAGGUCUUCGGAGCUGAACAGCUGACACCGGUCAUGCACGAGUUUGCAUGCGACUCCAUGAUGUUCUUGAGAAUUGAUCACUCCCUUGUCACGCACGACUCGCCUCACCAGCCGGUCGAGGAGGCGGUGAUUCCCGGUCGGAUUGAGCUGGAUGACACCGCUUUACCCAUCCUCCCUGAUGCAGUUGAAUUGAGCGCCACAGCGGCACAUCCAGAUGUCUUCGAAAUGCCUGCCGUGGAGACCCCCAAAUACGAGCUCGCCGGUGAUCCGCUACACUUCUACGUCUCGCCCGCAAUCAACGACCAGCAACACGAAACCGAGGAGGAAAAGUCACCCGCUGUAGCAGGGCCGAGGAGAGGCACCCGCCUAACCACGCACAUCACGCACAACGACAACCUCCACCCCGCCAUGCUCCCCCGCCUCACCACCCUCGUCCUAACCAACAUCCCCACCACAACCCCCUCCAAAGCCACCUCCACCCGCCUCAUCAACUUCAUCCGCCAAUGCGCCCAAGAAGCCCAAGUAGCCAAACACCAGGCGCAACUAGACUACUCCCUGCCCCCAGGGCGACGAGGCCACGCAGCAGCACUCAAGCACGCCGCGCAGGAAGUCUUUGCCCUCAAACGCAUCGUGCUCGAACUCGCGCCGCCGCAGUCCGCUUCCUCGGCCGCUGAGGGUCGUCGUGCGAGCCAGUGGCAGCACGCUUGCACCAAGUCUGUGACGGAAGACCACGACAGCGAGAGUUUGUGGUCUGCCGCCGAAACGGACUUUAGUUUUUUCGGGGACGAAGAUGCGGAUACGUUUCCGAGCCUUGUGGACUCUUCUGCGCCCUUGAUCAGGAAUUCCUCGUCGUUGCCGACGUUCGACACUGUUGCGCUGUUGUCUGCUUUUCGGCGGGAGCGUGCACAGGCUCAUGCGAGGAGUCUUGCUGCUGGCGCGCUGGAUCCUGAUACAGAGGGAUACUGGGCUGGGGCAAUUCAGAUUGUGCGGCCGGAGGUGGAGCAGACGGGCUUAUGGGAGCGGAAAGAUUACUACGGGAAUCGAUUCGACGGGGUGAGAUGA